AGGGCUAUGAGCAGGUCUGCGAGCGACGACGAGGGCUGUGGGGGAAGGGAAGGGACAGGUUUGCGAGCAACGACGGCGAGAGCUGUGGGCGACGGGCCCUUGUGCAAGGGCUGCGAGUGACUGUUCAAGGCGAAGGGAAGAGGUGGGAGGAGCUUGUUUCGAAUUUUUUUAAAGGACGAGCGCUCGGUAGAAGAUUUCGAAAAGUUUUUUUUCAGAGAAUUCGCCCGUAAUUUAUUUAUUUCGAACUCCCUCUUCUCGUAUCCAUUUCCAUUUCAUGGCCUCCGGCGACGGCGCCUCGCUGUCACCGGUCCGCCACAGCCUCCUCCACCUCCUCCGCAGCUCCUCGAAGCCAUUCCUUGCCGACCGGAACCCUCUGAUCUCUUCCCCGCCGCCCAUGGCCAGGAAGAAGGAGGGGCGUUUCGCGUCGGUGGCGCUCCGGUUGCUCGGUUGCGCCUCGGAGGAGGCGUCGCAGGCGUACGCGCCAGCCGCGGCGUCCGCGAGGUCUUAUUCGGACUGGCAGCGUAACCGGCCGCGGGGGAAGGCGAAGCGGAAGGAGGAGAAGCGGAGUCGUGAUGGCAGCGACGUCUGGUGCGCGCCUCGUGUUCCAUUUGCCUCCGAGGCGUCGGUGGAGUGUGUUAUAUCGUACCUUCGGUUGGCAGGGAGCGGGCGGCCGGAUGCCGCCGACAGGACUCAUUCAGAGACGCCACACUUGCCUAUAAGUGGAGUCCACCAGGAACAUACCUCAGCCUUCAUGGAUUCAUCCUUGGAACUCAAUGCACCUUUGUUUGGACAUGAUCUUGCAUCAUCGGGGCAUCUUCACAACUUGCCAAUGUAUCACCAAACUCCUAGUCGUCUUGAGGAGAUCUUGAUGUUCCAGAGAAGAAUCUUGCUAGGAAGAAUGGACCUGUACGACCAAUACAGAGAUUGGCAACUCGAUGUUGAUAAUAUGUCUUAUGAGGAGCUACUUGAGCUGGGGGAUAGAAUUGGGCAUGUGAGCACUGGGCUGAAAGAGGAAGAGAUUAUAGGCAGUCGAAGGAAAGUUAAACACUCAUUUUUUUAUGCUUUAAAAAGAUUCUUCUCGACUGAAAUAGAUGGAAAAUGCAGCAUUUGUCAAGAAGAAUAUGAAGCUAAUGAUGAAAUUGGAGAGCUGGAUUGUGGUCAUAGCUAUCAUGUAUUUUGCAUUAAACAGUGGCUUCUACAGAAAAAUGUUUGUCCUGUUAGCAAGACUUCUGUUCCUAGAACUUAGUGAUGCAGUUUAUUGAGGCAGGUUCCAUCCUUUCUUCAUCUCCUGUACGUAAUUUUCUGCCCUAAGGUAGACAAUGUAUUCAUUCUUUUGUAUUUUAUGUUUAGCUUCUGAUAGAAUUUUGGCAUUUCUAGGUCUCUGAUUCUGGUUAGACAAGCUUCACCUUGUUUCUUAUCAUUGGAUGUUAUAGAAUUACAAUUCAUUGUUUUUUCUUGA